CAACAUGGCGGCGCUCUGUAGAGGCAGACACCGGUGGAAGAGGAAUAACUGUUUACACGUCUUAACUAGAAGCUUGACAGGGAAGUAUGACUAUGACCUGGUGGUUAUUGGAGGCGGUUCAGGAGGGCUCGCCUGUUCCAAAGAAGCGGCACAGUUGGGACAGAAGGUUGCAGUUUUAGAUUAUGUGGAGCCAACUGUCCAAGGUACCAAGUGGGGUCUCGGUGGUACCUGUGUCAAUGUCGGCUGCAUUCCUAAGAAGCUCAUGCACCAGGCCGCUCUGCUCGGCACGGCGGUGAAAGAUGCUAAGAAGUACGGCUGGCAGAUCUCAGGGCCAAUCUGCCACGACUGGGCCUCCAUGGCAGAGGCUGUUCAAAACCACGUCAGGUCUCUGAACUGGGGUCACAGAGUUCAGCUCCAGGACAAGAAGGUGAAGUAUCUGAACCUCAGAGGAAGUCUGCAGGAUGAACACACCGUUAGAGGACUGACUAAAGCUGGGAAAGAGACCCUCCUGACUGCCAAGAACAUCGUGAUCGCCACAGGAGGACGGCCCAAAUACCCCACAAAUAUCCCAGGAGCGAUGGAGCACGGCAUCACCAGUGACGACAUCUUCUGGAUGAAAACGUCACCUGGGAAAACGCUUGUGGUCGGAGCUAGCUACGUGGCUCUGGAGUGUGCAGGCUUCCUCACAGGCAUCGGUCUGGACGCCACAGUGAUGGUCCGCAGCAUCGCCCUCCGGGGGUUUGAUCAGCAAAUGGCUGGUCUAGUGACUGACUACAUGGAGGCAUAUGGGACCAAGUUUGUGAAGAACUGUGUCCCCAAGAGAGUGGACAAACUGUCUUCAGGAGCUCUGCAGGUGACCUGGACCGACACACACACAGGCAGCGAGCACAAGGACACCUACGACUCUGUGCUGUGGGCCGUUGGCAGAGCCCCUGAAACCAAAGCUCUGGGUCUGGACAAGCUGGGAGUACAUCUCAAAAAGGAGUCGGGGAAAAUCAUCGUGGGCGCGGACGAAUCCACCUCGGUGCCGAGCGUCUUCGCUUUCGGUGACAUCGGCGAGGGUCGUCCUGAGUUGACCCCAACAGCCAUUAAGGCGGGAAAGCUUCUCGCCCGCAGACUGGCCGGUCAAAGCAAUGAACUCAUGAACUACGACAACGUGCCCACCACGGUGUUCACCCCCCUGGAGUACGGCUGUGUGGGUCUCUCUGAGGAGGAGGCUGAGAUGAGGCAUGGAAAGGACGGCAUCGAGGUGUACCACGCUUUCUACAAGCCUCUGGAAUUCUCUGUUGCAGAGCGCGAUGCCAGCCAGUGUUACCUAAAGGUGGUGUGUGAGCGGGAGGGAGACCAGAAGAUCCUGGGUCUGCACUUCACCGGUCCGAACGCCGGAGAGGUCACGCAGGGCUUCGCUCUGGGCCUCCAGUGUGGAGCCACAUAUUCCCACCUGCUGCAGACGGUAGGCAUCCACCCGACCUGCGCCGAGGAGCUGACCAAGGUCAACAUCACCAAGCGGUCCGGCCUGGACGCCACGGUAACGGGCUGCUGAGGUUAAGCGCCUCGGCCUCUGAACAGUAAGAGCUUGCAGGGUCCCUCAGUAGGAAGAAUUUAGCCUCCUCUCUCCUCCUCUUCCUCUUCCUCCUUUUUAUCUGGUUCACAGUCUCCUCAUUGGCCGGAUCAUAACGCAGGUUAGUGUCACCAUCUUGUGAACACCAUGAUUAUCCCAAGUGUUACUGAGGGUUAAAGAUCAGGUUAGUAAGAGCCGCGUCUCUAAAAAUAAACAGUCUCAUCCAUCAGGAUUAAGGCCGUGCUCGGGGGUUCUGCUCGACUCGUACGAGAACCGAACCCUUUUUUUUGAAUAUAUAUUCUGCAAAUAUUGUUGUUUCUCCGGCUGUACUUCCUGUCCAUUAGUCUUGGCGGUGACACAUACCAUACACCCCCGCAGCCCCACCCCCCCAGCCAACAUGACACUGAUGGAUGGCCCCGGGGCCGACGCUGCAGCGACACCGCCUCGUUUCCCAUGGACACACACAAACAGUCACUGGGCCGCCUGUCAGUCAGACGCCCGGUCCGGGAGCCUCGGCUUGUUCAGGGCCCGGCAGACUCCUUCCUCUUCCUCCUCUGCCCUUCUCCAUCCACAUGCAUGGAAAUAAUAGAGUGGGAAUACACUCAUCUCUACCUGUUGAGCUCUGUACUACCCAGACUCACCCAAAGGUGGCACUAUUGCCUUCCGAUUCCCCCCCCCCGUUUCUUCUCAGCCAUGAAUGUAAGGCAGGAUAAAGUAGAAACUGGAUAAAACAUACGCUUAGGUUGCACAUUUAAUCCCUUUAAUCCCUGACAAAAAAAGAUUCGUGGAAGAAAAGCACUUCAUUGGUGCCAAACUGAUAAGGGUUAUCUGUUGUGUAUUUCCAUGGCUGGCAGGUUGGGCCUAAAGAGUCAUCACCCCUGCAGAUAAGGCGAGUUGUUUAUAUCAAUAAAGCAGUAAUAGGCCCCCACAGUUUGCACAAAUGUUCCACCCGAUGGAUAUGCAUGACAUCUUGGGUUUAUUAAGUAGAAUGAGGAGGAGGAGGGCUGUCAAUAACGUGGGUUGCUGCAGAAACCGAGGAGGCCGCUGGGCGUCGUUUAUUUUUAUUUGAAGUCUAAUCUGCCCGCUCUGAUUAAUGAUUUCGAUGAGGGGAGUGACAGUGUGCCAGGAGAUGGAGAGAGGAGAAGGAGAAGGGGAGAGGUACCAGGUUUAUUUGGGCCUGGGCCAGAGGAGAGAGAGAGAGCUGGGAAGGGAAGAGGGGUAAGGGGGGGAUUCCUGUGUGCUCUGUUCAGGGCCGAGGUGCUGACUGAAGGACCCUGACCUCCGCUCAGCAGGAACAGCUUGACUCUAUCACUCGGAGCACGGAGGGCUCACAUGCUGGGCCUCGGAGUGGAGGCGGAGGCGGAGGGUAUGAUGGCUAUGGGAAGGACGGAGCCAACCAACACAAGACGGAGCGGUAGCAGCGUGUUUGCCCAGGGUAAUUGAGUCUGUGUUGCCGUGCUUAACGAGCCACUUCAGAGACCUCGGGGUGGGCACACAGCAACACGAGGGAAGCGAUCGAGGCCAUCGGAGUAACUGUAAUGUCUGUUUGCUUUUUACCCUCCACUUCCCCUCUGUGUUUUCUCACAGCUCUAUGCAGAGUGUGCUGAAAAACCUGGAAACAUUGACUUUAAUUAAAUGUAUAAUGUAAGUUAGACUGUAUGAGGUUAGUUGGAAACAAUAAUAUUAAGUUUAAAGAACUUAAUAUUAUUGCUUUCAGCUAACCUAAUAUAGUUAUGUGAAAUCAUUGACAUAGAAUAUUUAAUUAGCGUCUGCUCACACGCACAAAAUGAACCACUUUUAUUUAUGAUAUUGUCUAAUUUAAACGACCUUUGUCAUUGUAGUCACUCCAGGCCCGAGAUAUGAGCAGUUAGCCUCCGCUGUGCCCCAUGUGGGGGGGGGGUCAGGGUUCAACUUUCAGGGCGGUCAGCUUAUGAUGGCCCGCACUAAAACCCAAAACUGGGGAGUGCAGGCCUGAUGUCACCUGACCGCCAACUUUAGUGUAAAUAGAGAUGUGUAAUUUUCCAUUAAAGCUUUGACAUCAUUUAUAUGUAAAAUAAUAUCAAUUUGGAGUGUCUAUUAAAGUAAUGAUGUCCACUGA